AUGUUAAAUUUAAAGCAUAAUUUUCUUGAAGUAACAAUUAAAUUAAAGUCAAAUUGUUGGAAUAAGGAUAUCCACAGGCUUCCUUGUGCACACUUGAGGUUGUCUCAUGUACUUCCAACAUGGAAUAAGAAGGCCAUGCAUAAAUACCUGUUUGAGUCGAGCCGGCAACAAAACACAUCACAGCGACGCGCCAAAACAAGCUCGCGACGAGAAAUUGUCUUCCAGGUCCCGAAAAAGCGCAAGAAGUCCCCCCUGUCAAGACUGAGCCUGGUUCCUAUUCUAACAUCAUCACAAACCAACCUCAGCGAUCCUUUAAAGAGCAGUACCGAAUCAGCAAGCCUGAGUGUCACGGCAAAAGAGUUUUACUCCAGGCCAAAGUCUUAUCUUGAGCAACAAUAUGAACAGAAAAUUAGUGAGUUUGUCUCCGCAAAUGGUUCGAACGACUUUGAAGCACUAGAAAACACCACACCCGAGGAAUCAGAGAAUCAAUUGGAUGAGUUUGAAAUACCUGAGAAGAUUGCUUCUCCGGAGAAUUCCGGUUUUACAGAGGAGCCCAUUCCGGAAAUACCCAUUGAGCCUGAAUUGAUACGAGAACAAAUGGUCCAUGGAGAUUUGUCAAUAGGCUUAUUGAUCACUUUAUCUGACAGAUUUCUAAACACGGCUCAUGCAAUGGUCUUCGAAUGUAAUGACUCAGCAGGCUCUGAGUUGUAUUACAGUUAUAUCAAGCUUGCUUUGUCGUCGCUACAUAAAGUGCUUAGUGAACAAGAAGCAAAGUUGAACCCUCAACUCGAGCUGGCAGUCUGCCUCAAGUUGGCUCGUAUCUACUUCACAGAGACGGAAAAUCUAGAUUUGGCUGAGAAAUUUCUAUCUAGGUCGCAGGCUCUACUGAGUAGACACCAUCUCGAUAAACAACUGCUCGCUUCUGAUUUAUUGCAAUACCAAAUCUUGUCUGCUUCAAAUGAUUCGAAUAUGCUAGCAUAUUUCAAAGAUCGCUUGUCGUAUUAUCACGAGAAUGACAUGCCAGGUGCAUGCUCUCUUUUUUCAUUUCUUCGAGCCCAAAGCCAAAUCGGCUCCGAGCCAGCAGUGGCACUCAAUCACUUUAAAUUGAUCAACCAGGAUCAGAAUUGUGAAACUAACAUUUCGAUCUUGGCGCUUAUUUUGGAAGCGAAUUUACAUAUUUAUCGCGGGAAUCCUUUAGAAGCGAAACCUCUUUUGAAAAAGGCUGCAGCUCAAAUGAUCCCCUUGCAAUGCCAGCCACAGAUUCGUGGUUUACAUCUUCUUCUGACACUAUGCUUCUAUAUUCAAGUUGGUGAUUUUCAGAAGGGAAAAGACACUUCUAAAGAAAUCUCUAAGUUUAUAACCCGCCAGAAGAGAGUUGAAUGGAAGUUAUGGAAGAGUUCUGGGAAAGUUGCUAUAGAACUCGAACUCAAGAAAGGCCACAAAAUUCUCGUAGAUUUUACGUGGAUCAAUUCUGAUAUGUUCGUGAUCUACUUCUAUCUUUUGAGUGGUGUAUUGUUGCUUUCCUACGAUUUUUCGCAUGCAAAAGCUUCUGAGGUGUUCAUGGCAUGCCAGAAAUUGACUGAUGAAAAAUUGGUCUCCGUAACGAGUGUUCAUUCAUCGAGUGGUGGAUUUGGUAUCAACGCACUUACUGAGCACUUCGUGCGAUUGAAUUUCAUCCGAUACACGCUUUUCUACUAUAGAACCUGGCUUGACAUUGUUCACAAUAAUGAAUUCAUGGGAAUCAAGAGCAUUCGAAAUUUCCUAGCCAAUUUUAAUAAUGAGAAUUACUCUGGUGAUGAACUCAUCUACUACAAGCUUUUACGUGAUCGAUUCAAGUAUCUUGUUGCUUUGUACCACCUUCAUGAGGGUGAUAUCAAAGCAGCCAAGUACUUCUUUACCCAAUUAAGAAUUCAGAAUGCUUCGGGAAAGACUUUAAAGCUUAUCAAUGCUUCCACGAAGCAGCUCGGGAUUGGCAUUGGUUGUGAGAUUCUAUUGGGUAGGGCCAACCAAAAUGAGUUGUUUCUUUUCUCCAGCCUUCACUUACUAGCAAUUUCUGAGUACGAAAUGAGUUCCUUUACACUAAAAAACCUAUCAGAGUCAGACCAUACGAAGGUUGCUGAGAUCCGCUCAUUCUUGGGUAUUCUAAAGAAUGACUUGAACAAAGCGAUUGAAAAAGAUGUCAAAUUUGGAAUUGGUAAUUCAGAAAAGGUGCUUCAGUAUACCAUCAAGUUGAUCUCAUGUGCAUUUGAGAAGAAAUCAGCUCUAUCACUCGGUGGUAUCUUAGAAUUGUCCAACGACUUGGCUGAGAAGAGGGUCUCUAAUUAUCCUGAGUUUUUGAAGGCUAUAACUCGCUUCCUUGAAUACGAAAAUUGCACUAAUAGGGAUAAAAGGAAAAAACUCAAAAAGCAAAUCCUUUACGCUGAGAGCUCUUCUACAUUAAGCUCUGUGCUCAAAUUCUUGAUCUUCUCUAAAUCACAGUCUCCUCGUGGAGAGGCUGUCGAGCAGGAUGAUCUUGAAUUGCAAUUUCUCAAAUGCAAGAAAAGUCUUGAAGUUAUGCAAGAGAAAGACGAAUUCGCUCGUUCUAGCAUAAUUCUAUGA